AUGUUUGCAUUCGGCCUGCGCAUGCCUGAUCUCCAACAGAACUUGACGGAGCUCAACCAACUCAAUAUCCCUGUUUGUCUCUCCAGUAUGCCUCCACAUCUGAACUCGAAUGACCCACUUGCCUUCAACUAUUGUGAAUUCCCAGGAAAGAAUGGUGGGGACUCAGCCUCCUUAAAAACCAUUCUCCUUCAACUCUUAAGUUGUUUUGCUAGAAUUCACAAUGUUUGCAAGUAUUUCGCAACAGAGUCGAUUUAUAUUGCGCUCCUCCACUGCUUAAGCGCUCGCAUCACUCCUCCGAAUGCCACUGCCUCCAACCACUGUCGAUCAUCUCAUCAAUCACCAGGUUGCACUGAUCAACCUCUGGGUCCUUGCAAGUCAUUUAAUCCUCCUCAGCCCACCCCCGUUCCAUUACAGGCUUUUCCAGCAGCUAGCCCUCGAUCUCCAUCGGUAAUAGAUCUUUCCCUUAGUAAGCGCCUGUGUCAUUACCAGACGAGUUCUCCAGCAUCCCCCAAAUCGGGAUAUAAUGCUCGAAAGAAUGUAUCCUUGAUUACUAUGAUAGAUCACGACCCCCAUGGAAACAAAAACAGUAAAACACUCCGUGUGUGUUUUCCCAACAGAAAUGGAAACCAACCUCGCCAACAGCAGCCACUCGGCAGCACUCAGAGCAGCACUAACGUGGACCCCAAAAUCGCUACCGGUACUCCACCGGAUCCUGACCGACGAACCGGAUAUUCUGAGUCUCUGACACGAAAAGAUGCGCAAGGCAACACCAUACUCCAUUUCCUGGCAGCAGGUGGCAACGCCACUGCCUUCAGAGAACUGUUUAAUGGCGGCUUACUGACUAGGAGCAACGGGGGCAGUGGGGGAGAGAUGAGGACGUGGAACUGGAGAGGGGACACGGUGCUCCAUGAGGCAGCCAGGUUUGGCAGGGUCAAUGUUGUGGAGAUUAUUAUGGAGAGGGAGAGAGAGUUGGUUUCGGAGCUCAAUGCAAUGGGAGGGACACCGCUUUACUCGGCAGCUGCGAAUGGAGAGCGGGAGGUGUUCAACCUUCUCAAAGUGGCGGCUGCUAGUGAGGACACUGAGGAGGUGCUGAGGAGAGACGACGGCUGCACUGUUCUUCAUGCCGCUAUCAUGGGAGAACAUUACAGUCUGGCUAUGGAGAUUGUUGAAUCAUUUCCUAAUCUUGCAGGAGCACAUGAUAAAAAUGGAGACACUGCACUGAAUAUGUUGGCCAGCAAACCCGUUUCCUUUAAAAGUGGGUCAUCCUAUUGGCUUAGGAAUCUUGGCAGUAGACCCUUCAUUCCCCUACAGUUUCUUUUGUGUCUCGUCUACCUUUGCAUUCCAAUGUGGAUAAAUGAUUCUAAACUUACCGGAGAUGUAGAGGAUCCCCAGAGGAAUAAACCUUUUAUCUGCCAAUCAAAAGGCUCUUUCAUCGAAAACAUUAUCUCAGUGGUGCCUUGGCUAAAAGGAGUUCAUGAAGUAAAGAAAAAGCAUGCAUGUGCCCUGGACCUAGCCAAAAGGUUUAUUGCAAAAGAAGAAGAUUGGAGCCAUUACACCAACUCAUGUGGAAGGUAUAAUCAUGAUGACGAUGAUGAUCGGCCGAAGCCCAUCAUUACUAAAACGAGAAGAAACCCGCUUCUUCAAGCGGCAGAGAACAGCAUUCAAGAGUUGGUGGAAGAGAUCCUCGGGAAAUUCCCUGAGGCUGCCUACUGCGUCGAUAGCAACGGGAAGAACAUAUUUCACAUAGUAGUGGAGAAGAAAGACGAGAGAAUGUACUGGUUCUUGAAGAAGAACGUUGCUAGAAAGGAUUGGAUGAUGGCAGCUCUUGAUCAUGAUAAAAACUCCAUUUUGCACUUGGCAGCCAAAGACGGUGCUCAUCCUAGAGUUCUCUUUGGAAGCUUGAACCGGAUGGCAUGGAAUGUAUAUUGGUUUAAGCUUGUAUAUUAUGAUUCUCCUCCUCAUCUCUCGUGGUACCCAAACUCCGACGGGAAGACGGCAACUGAGCUGUUCGAAGAUACCCACUCCGGCCUACGAAAAGAUGCCGAGGAAGCCCUGAAAUCAAUGAACGGCGGCCUGCUCCUCGUCUCUGCACUCAUCGGCACCGUCAACUACGCCGCAGUUUUCACUCUCCCCGGAGGCUUCGAUUCCAACAGAGACAGCCGGGGUUCUGGCCGCCCGGUCCUGUAUGGGACGGACAAAGAGCGAGGCCUGCUCCUUUUCUUGUGGUUCACUGGCGUCGCCCUGUAUGCCGCCUUUUUAUCGCUGGUGGAGAUGGUCGUGAUCCAGCUGUCCAAGUUCGCGAGCAGCGACUUCUUCACUGCAUUGCCCUUCAGGUACAUCGUCGCUAUAACAGCGUUGUACGUCUCUGUUGUCUUCACAAUCUUGGCCGUCUUCGAAGCCUACGACAUCAUCGACUUACACGUCAACGUAUAUGUCUUCCUGGGGCCGGCCCUCGCAGUGGUAACCAUUGUUUUCAUAGACGUCGUGUACCAGACUCUGUGUUGCCUGUGUCUUGCGUUGUGUUGCUCACUUUCGCAACGAGGCCACAUGUUUGAGGCAGUCAUCGUUAAGCAUAGUAUUGAGGAAGCUAAGUUGUACGAGCCUACGAGUGGGUUAGGCUGCGGACCGAUCAGCUAAUUCA